GUAAACAACACACCUAUUUUUAGUCUUUAAUCUGUGAGGAUAAUAUGUUUCAUAUUCUUUAAUUAUCUUCACUAUGUUUCUAAAGCUCUUUGUUAAUAGUGGAGUUCUUUGUGAAUUUUAUGGUUCUAUCUAUGGUAUUUCAUGAUUGGUUAGCUCCUCUAGUAUCAGACCUACUAAUGGCGCCACAAAUUUCAGGUAGAAACAUUGAUUUUGGCUUUUGGGUAAGGUCAAAGACUUGCCCAAGGGAUUGGAAAGAGAAAAUAGAAUAAUUCAAACAAUUGUGAGGGAGCUCUUAUUUGCAUUGGGACGUAUGAUUUUCAUGAUCACAUGCAAAUUGGGAGAGGUUCCUUAAAAGGGGUGAUUUUUAAGUAUAAGGCAAUUUCAGAUUCCUAACUAAUUUAUGGAAAGAAUAAAUGGAUAGAGAUUGGCGACAUUAGGAUGCUGUAACCAAUAGGUAGAAUAGUUGUCAUUAGACGGUGUUGAAUAAAAUGUUGGUGGGAUGAGGUGCUGCCAUGGAAGAGGAGGCGAUCAGUAGUGGAAGGACAGAAAUCGUGCUUGCUCUGGAUAGAACUCACUGAAGAUAUCACCUGCAAUGGCCAUUCUUUAUUUAUCGACAGUUUUUCUACUAUGGUUCCUUUCCUUGCUGUUCUUGUGUCUUGGUUCACGCGCGCGCGUGUGUAUGAGAGAGACAAAUGAAGAAUAUUGUUACACAAGCUAUGGCGGUUUAUCAAUUGGCUGAGGGUAGUAAAAAAAGGACUCAAUGGCUUCGUCCCAAUGCAAGGUUGCAGCCUAAUGGGAAUGAUUGUGGAUAUUAUGUGAUGAAGAAUAUGGUUGACAUUGUCUCUACCAGUAUUACUAAGUCUUGGAUGGAGGUAUUCAAUGAUCCAACGGCAUUAACAGAACAAGAGUUGUAUGAUUUGCGAAACAGUUGGGCAACUUGCUUUCUUGACUUGUAUAAACCUUAGAAUUUAUUUGGGUUCAAAGUUGCUCACCUCCGCUGCUCUCCUAAUUUAUGCUUAUGGUGCUGGUGGCUUUCCUGCUUGGGGCAUUAAUUUGCUGAACUGUAGCUGUUUUGCUGAAUUGUUGCUGUGUUGUUGUUUAACUAUUUUGUCCUAAUUUCAUGAACUGUUGCUGUUUAACUACAUUUAAAGAACUAGAAUUGCUGAAUUGUUCUAGUUCUUUUAGGCUAUUAUGUUUUUUUUUUGCCCUUGGAUGUUUAACUCACUUGAGAGAGUGUGUUCUCAA